AUGGAGCACGUCGAUGCUAUCUUACUGCAGAUAAUAUUGAAAGAUUUAACAAAAUUUAGUGGCAGUCAACAGCAACAUGUCAAUGAUUGGCUAUUAACAAUUAAUCAAAAAUUCGAUGCAUGUGAAUUGACUGAGCCACAACGUCGUAAAUGGGCUGUGGCAUUUCUUUCUGAUGAAGCCUUGAAGUGGUAUACUCGUCAAUUGAUUAAAUUUGAAACAUGGAAUGAUUUACAAAAUGCAUUGCGAGAUAAUUUUCCAUCAGCGCCCGAACCAUCACAAUCUCUUAGACAUCAGCAAAUUCUGUUAAGAAAACAAGGUGACACAGAAGAAUUUACCCAAUAUUAUGCAGAUAUGACUAAGUUAUGUACAUACUACAAUCCAGUAAUGUCCAAUGAAGAACGUCUCGAUCGAUUAAAGUUGGGCAUGAACAACUCAUUAUUGAAUAGAUGUUCUGGAAGUAUAUUUACUUCCCCACAAGAACUACUUGCAUAUAUUCAACGUUUCGAACUCGAUCAGCAAUUUAUUAAAAUACUCUCGUCUUCAUCUGGUAGCAAAGAUGGCAACAUUCGUAAAUUAUCGCCAACAUCAAAUUCUCCUCAGCAGUACCCUACAUUUACACGAAUCAAUUCCAUAUUAUCACCAACUCCUUUUCAACAAGGAAAUCGUCGUACUACGAAAAUCUUACGCUGUUAUCAUUGCGGCAAUAGCGAUCAUUUCAUCAUACAUUGUCCGAAACGACCACGAAAAUGUUGCGGAACUAAUCCGUCGCUCGUAUAUAUCAACGUUUACGUAAAUAAUCGACAAACAUGUGCACUCAUCGACUCAGGUGCCGCACACUCUUUUAUAAAUCAAUCGGCACUUAGUAAAAUUCGUCAUUCACCGUUACUUCCAUCAAAAACGGUCGCGCAUUUAGCCGAUAGUUCUACGCCUUUACAUAUAAUAGGUGAGGUUAAUUUGCAUAUUCGUGCACUUAAAACCGACACUCCCAUCACUGCAUUAGUAGUCAAACAUUUAAACUCUGAUUUUAUCCUUGGAUCUAACUGGUUCGUUGAAACAGGCGCUAGAAUUGAAUACGAUCGUCAUCAAGUUUCUAUUCGUUCGUAUAACGGUCGAUCAUGUAUCCCUUUCGACAAACACAUUGAUACUCUUGCGUUAGAUUUAAAAUUACUUAGCUCGAUUACGAUUCCUCCACGCGAAGCAAGUGUCAUUCAGGCAAAAACAGAUGUUUCUUCUGCAAAUUUAGUAUAUUUUCAUCCAGACACAGACUUUCUACAAUGUAAAUCAGUUUCAAUGGUUCCUGCAAUGGUAAAAGUUACAGAUUAUACAACGUUCAUCAAAAUUUACAACAACAGUGAUCGAACACGAACAUUAUACAAAAACGCAGUAAUAGGACAAAUAACUCAUACGCCUGGCGACGUAGAAAGUUUUUCGAUACCAUCACCAGUUUCGCCAUCACCGCAAGAUAGUUCAACUUUAAAUUCUAUUCGAACUACUACCACAUCCAGAUCAACAUCAGACACUAUUGCAAAACUAGUUGCACACAUUUGUGAUCCGCUAGAAAGAAACAACUUACAGACAAUAUUAUCCUCACAUGCAAAAAUCUUCGACUCAUCCAAAAUCACCCAAGCUCACACUUCACUACAACAUACCAUUAAUACCGGAGAUGCUCUACCUAUUAGUUCACGUCCAUAUCCCAAAACGGUAGAUCAACGCCGAGAAUUACAAAAAGUAAUACAAGACAUGAUGACUAAUAAUCAAAUUCAUCCAUCAAAUUCUCCCUGGUCAUCACCUGUAAUACUGCAUAAGAAACCAAAUGGUGGAAUACGUUUCUUAGUCGAUUAUCGAAAAUUGAAUUCCGUUACAAAGAAAGAUUCCUUUCCACAACCAACAACUGAGGAAUUAGUACAACGAUUAGGCGGACAUACAUAUUUUACUAAGCUGGACUUGAAAUCUGGCUACUUUCAAAUCCCGAUAGAUGAACAAGACAAGGAGAAAACGGCUUUUAUCACUCAAGAUGGUCUAUGGGAAUUUAAUGUAUUACCUCAAGGUGUUAUGAAUGGUCCACCAACGUUUCAACGAAUCAUGCACAAUUUAAUUGGAAAUGGGCGCUGGGAUUAUGUAGUUGUAUAUCUUGAUGAUAUUUUGAUUUUUUCCAAAACUUUUGAGGAUCACAAACGACACCUAAAUGAAGUUUUGUCUAUAUUAAACCAAGCCAAUUUUCAAGUUAAUCCGGAGAAAUGUACAAUUACAGUUCGCGAAAUGGAAUUUUUAACUAAUGAAUUUAUUGGAAAACUGAAUUGGUACCGCAAGUUUAUUCCACAUUUUGCAGAGAUUGCCGCUCCUAUUCAUAAAGUAACCAAUAAAACGAAGAAAACGAAACAUGAAUUUUACUGGCAUAAAGAACAACAAGAUGCAUUCGACCGAUUCAAACGCCUAUUGACUACAGAACCAUUAUUUUUGCAAUACCCGGAUCCAACAGCACCCUUCAUCCUAUCAACGGACGCAUCAAUUAUUGGCAUCAGCGGCAUAUUACGUCAAACUACUCAACAUGGCACUCGAAUAUGUUAUUAUGAAUCGCGUACAUUGUCCGACACCGAAAAACGUUAUGAUCCAAUGGAACGCGAGACAUUAGCUAUGUAUUGGAGUAUACAGCAACUACGAGAAUAUAUUGGCGACUCUUAUUUUUCGAUAGAAACGGACAGUCAACCAUUGAUCAACUUCCAUAAAAAACAAAUUGAUAAUAAACGUGUUAUGCAUUGGCUGUUUAAACUGCAAGAUAUUAUUCCACAAAUUACUGAAGUCAAACACUUGCCUCGUGAUAAGAACACCGGUCCCGAUUACCUUUCGAAACACCCGAUCUCCUCGACAUCGAAAAAGCCCAUGAAUGAUAACGAUUGGCCUCAAGGGACUGAAAUAUGGGAAAUUAAACCACAACGUCCGCCAUCUACGUUCUUCACACAACUAAAUGCCGUCAUUACGCGUCAACAAGCUAAACGAUUAAUACCAGCUCCGCCUCUGACAACCUCCACGGCAACUCAUGCAUCUCUUUCAUCGGCGCCAGCCACAACUACAAGUCCCUCUCCACAAUUGUUCGACUUCAGCCUGGAUCGUAUUAGAAAAGAGCAAAUGGAAGACACCGAUAUUAUAGAAAUAUUUAACAUGGUCAAACAAAAUCCGUCAAAAUCUUCCUUUACAAUUAAGGAUGUUGUCCUGUUUAAACUAUUACCUCGAGGGAAAACAAAAAACAAAACUACGUGUACCUUAUAUUCCACAAACACUAAUUAA